AUGCACUGCAUCGUAGUCCCCCCCAUUCAUCGACUGGGACAUGGCAGCAGCCAGUGCCAGCAGCUGUGGGCGGAACGUCACCCCCUGAUUAUCGUGCUUGAAGGGCGUCCCUGGCAGCUGAAGGGAGCGGGGGAAGCAUUGAUGGGUGGAGGAAGCAUUGAUGGGUGGAGGAAGCAUCGGCUCUGCAUCGUGGUCUUCCCCUGCAUUUCCCCCAAGCAGGUGGUCUUCCCCUGCAUUUCCCCCAAGCAGGUGGUCUUCCCCUGCAUUUCCCCCAAGCAGGUGGUCUUCCCCUGCAUUUCCCCCAAGCAGGUGGUCUUCCCCUGCAUUUCCCCCAAGCAGGUGGUCUUCCCCUGCAUUUCCCCCAAGCAGCGCGGAAGGGAGUGGGGAGCAGUUGAUGUGUGGGACAAGGAUUGGGUGAGGGAGACAUUGGCAAAGGCAGAGAGUCACUGUAAGCGUGUAGUUCCCCCCGGCAUUGACUGGGACAUGGCAGUAGCUGUGAUGGAGCUUGGAGGGGGUUCCUGCACGGAGCUAUACAAGGAGUACGAGGCGCUUUACAAGGAGUAUGAGCCGCUACACAAGGAGUAUGAGGCGCUUUACAAGGAGUAUGAGGCGCUACACAAGGAGUAUGAGGCGCUUUACAAGGAGUAUGAUGAGCUACGCAAGGAGUAUGAGGCGCUACACAAGGAGUAUGAGGCGCUACACAAGGAGUAUGAGGCGCAACACAAGGAGUAUGAGGCGCUACACAAGGAGUAUGAGGCGCAACACAAGGAGUAUGAGGCGCUACACAAGGAGUAUGAGGCGCUACACAAGGAGUAUGAGGCGCUACACAAGGAGUAUGAGGCGCUACACAAGGAGUAUGAGGCGCUACACAAGGAGUAUGAGGCGCUACACAAGGAGUAUGAGGCGCUACACAAGGAGUAUGAGGCGCUACACAAGGAGUAUGAGGCGCUACACAAGGAGUAUGAGGCGCUACACAAGGAGUAUGAGGCGCUACACAAGGAGUAUGAGGCGCUACACAAGGAGUAUGAGGCGCUACACAAGGAGUAUGAGGCGCUACACAAGGAGUAUGAGGCGCUACACAAGGAGUAUGAGGCGCUAUACAAGGAGUAUGAGGCGCUUUACAAGGAGUAUGAGGCGCUUUACAAGGAGUAUGAGGCGCUUUACAAGGAGUAUGAUGAGCUACACAAAGAGUAUCAGACAGAAACAGGGUGGGAUACGAGCUGCGACUCACCUUGCACGUACUGUAGCCGUACGAAGUGUUACGUAUGA